UACCACAUCAUCGUCACCAGAGCCCAUCAACACCAAUAUUUCAAUAUCGACACCAAAAAGACGUCUCCCAAUAACUAUCAAAUCAUGUCGGAGGCGACGCAAAGUCCUGAAGAUGCUGCCGCUCAGCGAGCUGCUGAACAAGCGCGUCUUCGCAAGGAGCGCCGUGAAGCCAAGCUCAAGGCUGGGGGUUCUGCAAGGUUGAACAAGAUUACUGGUCUUGGGGGUCGUAUCCCAGGAGACCCAGAACCUACUACUGCGUCUACUGCCAUGGCUGAUGCCCCGAUACCGACACCAGCACCAGCGCCAGCGCCCGCUGCGUCUGCCACCGCCGAUCAUGCCGACCCGGAAGAAGUCGAUAUCUCAGAUCACUACUACGAGCCUAAGCGGACUGCCACUUCACGAACGAAUGCACCUGAAAUCACAGAACCCGCCAUCUCAGAGGAUCAGCUGCGGCAGAUGAUGCUUGGCUUCGAGCGUGGUAAUGGCAGCGGUACCGCUAGCCCUGCACCCGGAGCAGCUGAGGAAGAUCCCAUGAUGAAGAUGAUGUCCCAAUUGAUGGCUGGUGCUGGUCUUCCUGCUGGCUCAAUGCCUCCUUUUCCUGGUAUGCCAGGCAUGGCACCCGGCCAAGGACCCCCCGUACCGCCCACAGCCGUCCGCAAUAGCGCCUCUACAAACCUCUGGCGUCUUCUCCAUGCCCUUGUAGCUCUCGGCCUGGGCUUCUACAUCGUCAUACUUACCCCCUUCACUGGCAGCAAGAUCGAGCGUGAGCGUGCCGCCCUUGCAGGCACGACACCCGCGGAUCCGCUCAUUGCAGCCGCUGAGCCUGAGCUUGAGACGGAACUGGAGCACCGCAAAAAGCUGUUCUUUUGGACAUUUGCCACAGCCGAGUCGCUGCUACUCACAACUCGCUUCUUUCUGGAUAGGAGAGGCAGCCCCCCUUCUGGCAUUGUAGGCACCGUGGUGCAAUUCUUACCCCAGCCUGCCAAGGGCUAUGUUGAGGUCGUGAUGCGAUAUGGUCAGAUAUUUACCACAGUGAGGAGUGAUAUGCUGGCCUGUAUUUUUGUGCUGGGGGCUGUUGCUUGGUUUAAGGGAUAAUGAGCUUAGUAGCAUAUAGACACAUUGCAGUUGAAUUAUCAUAUUACAUUACAUACAUGGCCUUGUGACCAAAUCUGGUCUUAUUGCUUAAUAAUUAUACAUUAGAAUUCAAGUACUAUUUUAUGCAACGUUGCUCUACUGUACACAUUGGUUACGACAAGAAAAAAAGGAUGGGAAUGGCAAGAUCGAAACAGAGGUCCCAGUUCCUGAUGUAUGCCGAGCCAGCUCGUUUACUUACUGAGAACCAUCUUUAGCAGUUUUCCAAAGACGCCCCUCACUCGAUCGGGGUUCUCUGCCACGCACGUAAAGACAACGGCAGUACUGGCGGCGAAUACAAGUCUCUCUCGCCACUCCUUGUCCAAAGAAUACCGUCGAGGCAGAACAGUGGCCAAGGCACGAGGGGCAACGAAGAGCGCAAUAUCCUUUCGCCGGCUUUCUGUUUCAAUCAUGAUACUCCAGCCACAAAGCAAACAACCUGUACCAACGCAGAUCCCACUAUCCAUGCUCUGACGCCGCUCAAUGGUUGUGCCGCCAGGAAGCCGGGGUCCGACGCGUGUGCGGCUCAAACAGACUCCAUAAUAGAAGAGUGUGAUAAAGGUCGCGAGGAAACUAGAGGAGCGGCAAGACGAGGUUAUGGCUCGAUGUAGAGCUUUGCGAGAAGGGUUUCGAAGAGCGAGUGCGAGUGUCAGGGGUAAGUACGUAGCCAUAGACCACUUCCAGGCACGAAAGAAGCGGCUUGCAGCAUGGUACUCGCAUGAAGGCCCGCUGGACAUAUGGACCAUUUGGCAAGGUAUGGGAACAACUACCGCAGGAUCUCCCCAGGCAAGUGGCCACUCGUAGUCCACACACAUGCCUUGAAGGAGAUGUGCCUGACCAGUCUCCUUGCCGUACUGAAACUCGCCUGAAUGGCACCGCCGAAGGGCUUCGAUGAGUCUUAAGUCCACGGAAGCUGCCGAAGUGAUCCAUUUGUUGUAGCUGCGGGGCAGACGGCUGGGAUGAUAGAACCAAGCCCACAUAACAAGGCCUGAUGAAGCUGCAAAGACAAGGGGGUCGACAAACUUGGAGAGGAAUCGUUCAGCCUUCGGAAGGUGUCAGUAACUAUGGAUAUCUGAUAAUCAUAAUCAGGUGAUUU